UCAGUGUCAAUUGGUUCGCCGCGGCGACUUGUUCUCUCAGUCGUCGACGUGUAAACCGGUCCCCGUUGAUUCGUAACGUUUUUCUCUUCGUCGUCGGUCCGUAACUGAUCGGCAACGGUACGUUCGUAUAUUCCCCGCUCGACCUUGUGUGUUUACCAUCUACAUCGAGACGGUUACGACGAUGAACACGUAGGAUCGAAGUCGAUCGGAAACAGGCAACUUCGAUACGAUUCGUUCGCGUCUGCCCGUCCAACGACGACGGGCAGCAGCCAAUCUCGUCCAUCACUAAGAAGUUUAUUGUUGGUGGUCGCUAUCGAGAAGAGCUAUCACGAAACGCGUCUGUUUGUGACGAUUUCGUGCAGUGCAACCGUCGAGCGUGAGACUAACCGCCGAGGAACGUAAUUAAACGUUGCUUCUCGUCGAUUCUGUUCUCUGGUUCGGUUCGGUUCGGUAGCCGGUCGAAACGUCACGUGCCGGUGCCGGACGAGCAUCGUAUGCGAGGGCAGAUCAUACAGUGGACACAGGAGAACGCUGGGAUCGGAUACAUGUAACCGUGCUUCUACACCGGUGAUCAACGCUUGUGAGACGUGACGUGUUACCGCGUCCCGACGACAUCGAGAAGAGGCUCUUACACGAUUGUGGCUCCCUGGAGAUCGGCGAGGAACGCCAGCGUCGGGUCGCUAUGAUGGAGUCCUUGUGCCAGGUGAACGGCACCAAGACCAAUGGCGGGAACGAGAACAACAGCAGCAACACCAACUCUAAUAACAACCCGGACUGUCCAGAUCCCCAGCAGAGGCUGGCGGUGCUCAGCUUCGAGCAGGUCCGUCGUCUGAACGAUGUGAUGAACGAGGUGGUCUGCAUCCACGGUAGAGGCAACUUCCCCACUCUGGAGGUGCGACUCAGGGACCUGGUGACCGUGGUUCGCAGCAAAUUAGAGUCCGAUCCCAGCAACGGCGGUGCUGGGAUGAGGGUACGCGACAUACGUCUGAACGGAGGAGCCGCCUCUCACGUUCUCGCGACAGAGUCCCAACCGUACAACGAUCUGGAUCUGAUCUUCGCCGUGGAAUUGUCCAGCGGACGAAACUACGACAAGGUGAAGGCCGCGGUGCUGGGCUCCCUGUUCGACCUGUUGCCCGAAGGCGUCAGUCGCAAACGCAUCACCACCUGCAGCCUGAAGGAAGCCUAUGUAAGCAAGAUGGUGAAAGUGAACAACGACGGCGACAGGUGGUCGUUGAUCUCCCUAGGUAACUCCCGCGGUCACAGGAACGUCGAGUUGAAAUUCGUCGAUUCUAUGAGGCGGCAAUUCGAGUUCUCCGUGGACUCUUUUCAAAUAGUACUCGACUCCCUGUUGUUGUUCUACGAGUGCAGCAAGCUGCCCAUCGGCGAGAACUUCUAUCCCACCGUGGUCGGCGAGUCCGUCUACGGAGACUUCCAGGAAGCCCUUUAUCAUCUACACAAGAAACUGAUUUCGACGAGGCAUCCGGAGGAGAUACGCGGCGGCGGUCUGCUCAAGUACUGCAAUCUCCUCGUGAAGAUGUACAAACCCUCCCAACCCGACUACAUCAAGACCCUCGAACGGUAUAUGUGCUCGAGAUUCUUCAUCGACUUUCCUGACAUCAGCCAACAACGCGCCAAGCUGGAAAACUACCUGUGGAACCACUUCGUGGGACCCGAAGAGGAGGCUCUGAAAUACCAAUACCUGCUACUACUCCAUAACGUCGUGGAGGAGUCCACCGUGUGCCUGAUGGGCCACGAAAGACGACAGACGCUCGCGUUGAUCGACAGUCUAGCUUACCAGGUCCUCUACCAGGAACAGCAGCAACGGCUCACCAGCCAUCAACAAGCGCCACCCGGUCCCCCGGCCACCUACGUCUACGCGAACGGAUACUACUACACUCCCGUGAUACCCACCGCGUGUUACACGUGCACCUGUAACUCGUGGAUGGCGUGUUCGUCGUGAUGCGACCCAGACGCCAACGCCAUCGUCGCCGCUAGCGCAGCCAUCACCACCGCUACGACUACGACCACCCACGCCGAAAUCGCCAGCUCCAAGGGCAGACGUCCACGGCAACCACGCCAUCGUCUCCUCGAGGACGUAACGUCGACCUUGGCCGGCUGCCGACCUUGCGACGCGAUCCUCAGUUGACGCUCGGAGCGGUCCAGCGCUAAGCACACCCAGAGCGUGACGAGGCAGCUCGUCGCGACGGAAGAGAAACAAGCUUUUGAGUAACGGUGCGCGUGUUAUCAUCCGUUGUCGUCGUGGAUCGGUGACAGUGACCAGGGUCGAAAGGAAGACUGACCGCCGAGGGGAGAGAGACGGGAGGGGACGCGAUAUUCCCCCGCCUAGGGCGUCCGUGGUCUCUAUUUCCUCUCGGACGCGGUGGACGAACGCUCAGACGUCGCGAGGGAGGACCAAACGCGACGGUACCUUGCUACGGUCGCAGGGGAUGAUCAACUGAGAGACUACAAGACUCCAAGCGAAAACGAAUACAAAGUAACAAUUGUGUUGUGUGCCUAGCAUUCGAGAGACAGAAACGGGAACGCAUAUUAUAUCGUAGGCGGGGUAUUCGAAGCGGGGACCUUCUUCCUGGAUCGAUUUCUGACGAUACGAAUCAGAAAAUUCAUCGUUUCUCUCUCUGAGUCUUUGUCGACGAGAUAUUUUUCCACGAUCCUCGGCCGAUUACAUAAUAAACAGGAGUGUUAAGCUGCUUUAACCGAUAUCCUCCAGCACCGACGGUUUAGGUGGCGAAAGGACAGAGAACCUUCGCGCUUAAAUUUCACAUCAGGAGUCGUUCGAUGGGAGAAGGUUCUAUAUUUUCGUCGAUACCCCAUGUACACACGUAGACGCGCGAAUAACGGGGAUCCUCCGAGAAGACUCCGGUGGUUGUUCGCGGCGAGAGACUGCGCGCGCGUUUUUCGGGGCACGCUGCUGCGUGCCCGGAGUUUACGGGACACAGUGGCGCCGCCAAGCGGUGGCGUCACUGUACCGCGAGUCUUUCCAAACGGAACGGAGGAUCCACGGGUUAGAAGAGGAACAACGAAGGACGGGAAGGAAACGGGCGACUCGAUGGAGCACGACUCGCGAGAGAAUCACGACUGAAAACUCACGGAAGCGUCUCACCGGGGCGCUCCGGUCGCCUCCCCUAACUUUCUUUUCCAGAAACAGAAAACAAAAAACGAAAAAAAAAACGUAAAAAAAAAAGAUGAUAAACAAAUAAAUAAAAUAAAACACGAGAACGUUUCGAGGACGCGUACCCCGAGUAAAUAGAUAAGAAACGAAGGUAGUGGUGAAUCGCGGAUAGAUGAGAGAGAGAGAGAGAGAGAGAGAGAGAGAGAGAGAAAUAUGGAGAGAAAAAAAAAUCGAAAAAGAAAAAAAAUGAAAA